GGCACAUCCUCAUAGUGUGAUCUAUAUCUCGGUCUAAUCCAUCGGCCCACUUUUACCAAAUUAUCCUUUUUAGGAAAGUUCAAUCGUUGACAUAAAGCAAAUUCUUCACCUGAAACUUGCUGAGUACCACCUAUUGGCGGCUGUCCAUCUUAUAACCUUCCCAAACAAUCCUAUAGUUAUACAUAGAAUCGAUCGGCAUAAAUAUAGUCGGUCAAAAUCUUGGUCAAUUAAUUACUCCAACUGGACAGCUCCAAUAAACACAAUCAAGCAAAAAUCAUCCACAAUACUAAUUGAAAAUGGCAGGUAAAGAACCAAUCAUCAUCACAGACAAGGAAGAGAUGAGAAAAUGGACAAGAACCAUGAGAUCCCAAAACCAUACAAUUGGCUUUGUACCCACAAUGGGUUACCUCCACGAGGGCCAUCUUUCUCUAGUGCAAGAAGCACAAAAACACACUGACCUUAUAGUUGUGUCCAUUUAUGUAAAUCCAGGUCAAUUUUCACCCAAUGAAGAUCUUUCAACAUACCCUUCUGAUUUUCAAGGCGAUAUUGAGAAACUCAAGUCUGUUGCUAAUGGUGUUGAUGUUGUAUUCCACCCCAAGAAUUUGUAUGACUAUGGGAAUUCUGAAAUGGGACUAAUUAGGUCAGCUGAGAGGAUUAAUGAAAAAGAGAAUGAGGGUUUAAAGGUGGUAUCUUGUGUUGAAGAUAAAGGGAUGGGGCAUGAAACUUGGGUUAGAGUUGAAAAUUUGGAAAAAGGGUUGUGUGGAAAGAGUAGGCCUGUUUUUUUUAGAGGGGUUGCUACUAUUGUCACCAAGUUGUUCAAUAUUGUUGAGCCUGAUGUUGCUGUACUUGGCAAGAAGGAUUAUCAGCAGUGGAGGAUUAUUCAAAGAAUGGUCCGAGAUCUUGAUUUUGGCAUAAUGGUGAUUGGUUCUGAAAUAGUAAGAGAGCAUGAUGGCUUAGCAAUGAGUUCCCGUAAUGUGAAACUCUCGCCUGAGGACAGAAAAAAGGCUUUGUCAAUUAGCCGCGCAUUGUCUAAAGCCAAAGUUGAAGCAGAAAAGGGCCAGGUAAGCUGCAGAGAUCUGAUAAAUGUAGCCAUUCAAACCAUAGAUGAAGCCGGUGGAAGGGUUGAUUAUGCUGAGAUUGUGGAGCAAGAAAGUUUAGAGCCGGUGGAAACAAUCAAGAGGCCAGUUGUAUUUUGUGUAGCAGCAUGGUUUGGGAAGGUCAGGCUCGUUGACAACAUGGAAAUAAAUAUAUGAGAUGGAGCCACCAAAUAUACGAUAACCAAAUAUAAAAAAAAACUGAGGUGAAGUACAAGUCCCUGGUUUGCAAGAAGCUUUUGCAGUUUGUAAAAGCCAUCUAAAAAUGACUUUUCUCAAAGGAAGCCAACUGGAGAAGAAAUGGCUUCAAGAGGAGGAAUCAUCUUUCCUACUGCAUGUAGAAUAUGGAUCACUUAGCUAGUUUAUUCAUGCUGAGUAGUACUAGAACCAUAUAUUUUUUACUGAUUCUUCGAGAAGUC